AAAGGUUUAUAAAGUAAAGACUUCACUCUUCUUUGUGAGAGAAAUAGAAAGAGUUUUGAAAAUGUUGAAAGUUUUAAUUUAUGAAGUUCUUCUAGUGGCAGUUACUGUAACUGGUCAAAACUAUGUGACUAGAGAAUGUUUCGACUGUAUAUGUGAGGCCAGCACAGGAUGUAAUAUCAAUCAGGGCUGUAACACUUACUGUGGACCGUAUCUCAUUUCCUAUGCAUAUUGGAUAGAGACAGACCAACCGGGAAGAACUGGAAACAAAAAUUUAUAUGAUGAUUUCACUUCCUGUGUUAAAAAGAAGGAGUGUGCUGAAGAAACAAUUCAGAGCUAUAUGAAAAUAUGGGCGAAAAACUGCGUCAAAAAUAAAGAGAUAAACUGCAAUGAUGUUGCCCGGAUUCACAAGACUGGACGUAACGGAUGCAACGGCACCUGGUUUGAGAGUACACAAUACUGGCGCUUGUUUCAAGACUGCUACAUUUUGUGAUUUUCCGAACUUAUGAGGGCAUCUCGUGAGGACGGUGGAUUAAUGUUUCCUUCUUCAGCUUGAUAACGUAAUAGAUCUGUUUUAGACGAGUUUUCAAAUAAAGGUGUUACAUAAA